AUGUCGUCUAAGCUGACACUCCUCACGAGCCACUUCACAUCGCUGCGGCUUAUCUGGUCGCGCUCGCCGCACAUGAGCGCAGAAGUUAUCAGAAGUUUGAAAACCGGGCACGCACAGCCCGACCCAGCCACGUGUAUGGCCAAGCGCAGUGCCAUCGAAGACGAAAUCAACACCACACACACUGCUGCAACCGCGCCGGGCUUUAACAAUGGAACCACGGCCUACAACAGUAGUAAUACGGGGUACAAUGGUAGCGGUGGUACUACGAAUACGGGCUACUAUAAUCAACAGGCCAAGCAACUGCUGUUGAAGAUGCCUGGUAUAACGUCGCGCAAUGUCAAAUAUGUCAUGGACAACGUUGCGAGCGUAUACGAACUGUCACAGAUGAAUUUGAAAGAGGUGCAGACACUGUUGGGCCAGGCUGCGGGGAAGCAGCUGCACGACUUUGUGAACCAAGGCUUAUGAACAAACAUUCACAAAUAUGUAUCAACAUAUCUAUGAAUUCAUCUCUGUAUUUUAUCAAUUGUUCACAUAUAUGCAAAUCAAACAGCUGCGCAACAUUAUGACCCAGAGGCUUUGAAUCUAUACGCAUCUAAAAUAUGUUUAUAGUUGUCUUUGUACAUUUAGAUGCACUCAAUUGAGAUGGAUCGCAAAUUAGGCAGGGACUUUCGGACUACUUUAAGUUAACAUGUGCUCCAAGGGCGGUUAUGGUCAUGUGCGAAACAUACAGUUGUACGGUAUUGUGUUCCACUGUACCUGUAAAGUGAUAAGUAGCAGUCCACACAGAAUAUUAUGCCACGCCAGCGAAAUACUCGGCCGUACGUUGAGAUACUUUCACCAAGGCUCAGAUAACCCGAUUGGGUAUUCGUGCGCUUGCCUACACGCACUCAAAAGCGGCCUACAAACGUAAAAUUUACGCCACACGCGCGAAAUAGCGGAAUACACAAACAUGAUUGGCCCUACACGCGCAAUAAUAGGCGGGACGCUGAGAACGCUCAAAUACCCCAACCAGGAAAUCGCGCACCCGCCUGCACGCGCUAAAUAACGGCCUAUCUACGCGGAAUAAAACGCCACACGUGCGAUACAACGGUAUACAUAUAUUAGAGGCUCAAACAACCCGGGUCCCCGACCAAAAUAUAUUAGCGACUUCUAUAUAUAGGUGCGACGCUUCCUUAUGCACGCGUAUAUUUGGCCACCCACGAGAAGUUAUGGGCCGCACGCUGAGAUUUGAACAAUUCAAGCUCAUGAACCCCGACCAAAAUAGAAUAUUUACGUUUAUCACGCGCGCCGCUCUUCCUAUGUACGCGUAUAUUUGGCCACCCAUGCAAAGAUAUGGGUCCCGCGCUAAUAGAAAUGGAAACUGCGCACGUGAUCGUGGCAUUUGAUACUGCUCGCGCUCACCUUCUCUUAAAGAGGAGUGGAAAAAUCAGUCUGAGGAAGGUAAUGGUAAACGAAAGCCAGCAAAAAAUCACAGACGUGAUGACAAGAAGAAGAAUGCACAGUUCACUGAAUGUUUCACGUGCAAUCCGCAGGGACAUGGCAUCGUCAGCAACUACCAAGAAGACCAAAAUUUGGCCGGCCCCGAUGGUCCAGGCAUAUAUACAAGAUUGUGGAGCGCUUGUGUAUAAGGGUACAAUUCCAGCUUUGAUUUUAUUUCAGCUAUUACAGUUAAUUAACGUAAUUUACAAUACACUUAUGUAUUAAGAGCCACCGGUUACUGGUAUUUGUGGGAUGGAAACCAACACUUCUGGACGUCAGCUGUAAUUGGACAUUGAUGUGGAGACAGUGGCGGGAUCUUCUCCCACGAAUAAACAAACAUGGUUGAUCGCAGAGGAUUUGUUCCGCUCAAUAAAUUUUGAAAUAGGAUAUGCGACGCAGUUAACUUUGCGGUGGGCAGCUGUAUUUGACAUGGAUUCUCGGGUAUAUGGCGUCGGUGUGCUUG